AGCCACGCCCUAUUAUUGUUUCUCCUCCUUCAGACUCCUUGUUGUAGCAUGGCGAUGCUAAGAACCUCUUUGCGGAGUUUUCUCUCCUUCCCAACUCGAGCGGCUGUAGUCAGAGCUAGUUCUUGGUGGUCUGGGGUUGAGGUGGGCCCCCCUGAUCCAAUAUUCGGCCUCCUGGAGGCGUACAAUAAAGACGAGAGGACGAACAAAGUUAAUUUGACUGUGGGGGCGUACAGGGAUGACCAGGGAAAGCCAUAUGUACUGAAUGUAGUCAAACAAAUUGAGAGGGACAAUUUAGAUAAAUACAAAGAGAAGGAGUAUGCUGGUAUCCUGGGGUAUCCUUCCUUCCACAGAGCUGCCAUUGAAUUUGCACUGACACCUCAAGAAAAACACGUCAAAGAGAAUCUGUAUGUGUCAGCUCAAGCCAUUGGUGGUACUGGAGCAUUGAGGAUCAUUGCUUUAUUCCUUGCAAAGUUCUUUCCCCAUCAGAAGACUAUAUAUGUACCAGCACCUACCUGGGGCAAUCACGCACCAGUGUUCAGGAGUUCUGGUUUGAAUGUUGAGACUUAUCGUCAUUUCAAGCCUGAGACCUGUGGGUUUGACUCUGAAGCUUGUUAUGAAGACCUGAGGAAAAUACCUGAUAACUCUCUUAUCUUGUUUCAUGCUUGCGGUCACAAUCCAACUGGGAUUGAUCCUACGUUAGAUGAAUGGUCCCAGUUAUCAAAGAUAUGUAAGGAGAAGAACCAUUACGUAUUCAUGGAUAUGGCCUAUCAAGGAUUCUCUACUGGUGAUCUUGAUAGAGAUGCAUCAGCUCUUAGGCUGUUUGUACGUGAUGGACACCAACUGUCAUAUGCUCAAUCAUUCUCAAAGAACAUGGGACUAUAUGGUGAGAGAGUUGGUGCUGUUACCAUAUUGUGUGAUACACCAGAAGAGAAGGCAGCACUUGAGUCACAGCUAAAGAUUAUAGUCCGUCCAAUGUACUCCAACCCACCAAUCAAUGGAGCUAGGAUUGCUACUGAGAUACUGACCAAUGAGAACUACAGAUCACAAUGGUUGGUUGAAAUGAAGAAUAUGGCUGAUCGUAUCACUAGCAUGAGAACAUCACUGAAAGAUGCACUAGCUAAACAUGGUUCAACUCUGGACUGGUCUCAUGUCACUAAACAGAUUGGUAUGUUCUGCUUCAGUGGACUCUCAGCUGAAAAGGUUGAUACCCUACGUAAUGACUAUGGUAUAUAUAUGACUAGGGAUGGUAGGAUAUCAAUGCCAGCACUGUGCUCUUCUAAUGUUGACUAUGUUGCUAAAGCUAUUCAUGAAAUAACUAAAUAAAUACAAUAAUAAUAAUAAUGAAUGAAUGAACAUUUAUUAUUAGCUACUUCAGCUGCCGACUAGUAUAUUUUACAAUAGUAAUUGAAAUUUGUUGUAUAGUGCUUCUUGAAAUUAAUUGAUACAAAA